UUUGUGCCCCGCGGCAGAGGACAAGAUCAAAUUCAGGGAUGGGUCCAAGGAUUGAGGCUACCAUGGCCUUUUCUUCCCAGAGGACUUGGAGAGCCCUCCUUCUCCUCCAGCUCUGAGCAGUCAUCUGCAUUGGCGUCCUGGACAUCCCACGCAGCCACUGAAGGAAGGGACCAAGAUGAAUGCAGAGCCUGAGAGAAAGUUUGGAGUGGUGGUGGUUGGCGUUGGCAGAGCUGGCUCAGUGCGGAUCAGGGACUUGCGGAAUCCACAUGCUUCCUCGGCGUUCCUGAACCUGAUUGGCUUCGUGUCCAGACGAGAGCUCGGGAACAUUGAUGAAGUCCAGCAGAUUUCUUUGGAAAAUGCUCUUUCCAGCCCAGAGGUAGAGGUUGCUUAUAUCUGCAGUGAGAGCUCCAGCCAUGAGGACUAUAUCAGGCAGUUCCUUAAUGCUGGUAAGCAUGUCCUUGUGGAAUAUCCAAUGACACUGUCUUGGGAAGCAGCUCAGGACCUGUGGAAGCUGGCUGAGCAGAAAGGAAAGGUCUUGCAUGAGGAGCACGUUGAACUCUUGAUGGACGAGUUUGCAUUCCUGAAAAAAGAAGUGGUGGGAAAAGACCUGCUAAAAGGGUCUCUCCUCUUUACAGCUGGCCCAUUGGAAGAAGAGCGGUUUGGCUUCCCUGCGUUCAGUGGCAUUUCUCGCCUGACCUGGCUGGUCUCCCUCUUUGGGGAACUUUCUCUUAUAUCCGCCACUUUGGAAGAGCGAAAGGAAGAUCAACAUAUGAAAAUGACUGUGUGCUUAGAGACAGAGAACAAACGUCCGCUCACAUGGAUUGAAGAGAAAGGACCUGGUCUAAAACGAAACAGACAUUUAAGCUUCCAUUUUAAAUCUGGGUCCCUGGAGAAUAUGCCAAAUGUAGGAGUCAAUAAGAAUAUUUUCCUGAAAGAUCAAAACAUAUUUGUCCAGAAACUCUUGGGCCAGUUCUCUGAAAAGGAACUGGCUGCUGAAAAGAAACGCAUCCUACACUGCCUGUGGCUUGCAGAAGAAAUCCAGAAAUACUGCUACUCAAAGAAGUAAGAGAAGGAAACAUGCGGCACAUCUAAGAUGGGACCAUAGUUUGCUUUUUAUGAAGAGUUGACCUCUAUCUCUAUUCUUAAAAUUAAACAUAUCUUGGGCAAACAGGA